AGCACUACUGCUCCAAACUGCAACAUUAACACAUUGCAUUAUUUAAGAUCAAGAUAAUAUUUUGCAGUUCAGCAAAGUUACCUUACACGUACAAGUAACUCAGCGAACGCCGUCGCUCGUGCCAUCGUGUCAUCGCAGAAUUGAGUACAUAAGUACAGGCACAACAUAAAUAGUAAAUAAGCUAAUAAGCCAGAUAGUGCGAGUUUGCAACUACAACAAGUGUCUUCCUUCGCUGGAGUAUUUAGCUUUAAAGCCGAUUAGCCAAAGUGCAAACAAUCGAGGAGUACUUAUACAUCGAAGAAAAGAAAAACAAUGGACGCAGCUUGCACGAACAGAAGUUCCGCGAUCAUGCCUUUGCUUAUGCUGCAGUGACAAUGCCAAGCAGACGAGAGUUGUACAUUUAACAAAUAAUUUGUAAACCGUGCACUUCAAGAGAGAGAGGGAGAGAGCGGUGUGGCGGCAAACCGACAAUAACAACGGGAUUGUGUAGUAUAAAGUUAAUUGAUUUCAAGUUUUCCUGAUAAGGAUUCAUUUGUACCUAACACGGGGUGUCGUUUUUCCUGGUAGCGCGUUGAAAUACAUGCAGGUGUUUUGUGUCCAUAACAAAAGUAGAACAACAAGCUCAGCCCUCGUCCUCCCUCCCUCCCUCUCUCUCUUUUUUGCUCUGUAAAAGCUUAAACAAUGGGUUACGACAUCAAAUGGAUCAUCCCCAAGCUGAGAAGCCCUACGAGCAGCCUCUGGAACCUCGCCAGCAGUCUAACCUUCGUCGCAGUUGGGAUCUUCUCCAAGCUCAUUAUGGAGUGGUUCAAUAAGACUGCUGUGUACAAUAAACACAUCAUCGACAAAGCCUUGAGCUCCAGGCCUAAAGAUGUUCCCUUGAUCACUGUAUCCAAUCAUCACAGUUGUUUCGACGACCCUGGUAUUUGGGGCGCGCUGGAUUUUAAGUAUUUGGUGAAUCGGCAUAAACACAGGUGGUCGCUGGCCGCUCACGACAUUUGCUUUACAAAUGUUUGGCACUCGUACUUUUUUAUGCUCGGCAAAUGCGUGCCUGUUAUCAGAGGAGACGGUGUUUACCAGGAUGCCAUUAACUUCUGCAUCGAGCGAUUAGCUAGGGGAGACUGGGUUCACGUUUUUCCAGAAGGCAAAGUCAACAUGUAUAAGGAAAACUUGAGAUUUAAAUGGGGUAUAGGAAGAUUAAUUUUAGAAUCACCCAAAGUGCCUCUGAUCAUACCAAUCGUCCAUUUAGGUAUGGAUCAGAUUUUGCCAAAUGAACCUCCUUAUAUCAUUAGGACUAAAAAAAAAGUCACCCUCCAUUACGGAGAUCCUAUAGAUUUAAACGAAUUGAUAGCUGAUUUAAAAAAUUCUAAGGUAGACGAAGUACAAGCCAGAAAAGUCAUCACAGAUCGUAUCCAGGAUGAACUACUGAGAUUCUAUUUCCAGAUUAAAAACAGUGGCUGAAGAGCUUCAUAAUUUACUCUGACACAGAGUUCAUGGCUGGCGCCGGUCUUAGCCGUAGCUCCAGCCAACACAAAAGUGUACCAUGAUUUUGUUGUCACAUAACAAUUAUGAAUGAAAGAGAAUAUGACUAUUAGAAUUUUAAUACGAUUAUUUUUUAUGCGGAGGAAUAAGUCUUCUUAAAAUAAAUCACGGAGUACGUGUAUAAAAAAUGUACAGAUUUUUAUCAAAGAAACUGAAUGUCAGUUUGUUUGAUGCGUAAAUAUUAGCAAUGAUAUUUGUUUUCUACACGAACUUUCCU